GGAGCAGCGGGGCCGGGCCGGAGCUCCCGUCCCGGGAGUUUCCUCCGCAGAGCCCCGCGCCUCCCGCGCCUCCCGCGCCUCCCGCGCGGGGGUUCCAGCCCGAGACCCCUCCUCUCCCCCCGCCCCAGACUCUCCUCAGCAUGUAAAGUCGCCUGUCCCUCCUCGGACUUUGCGGAGGCGGCAACUUUCUUUCCCGGCCGCCCGGGCAGCGCGCAGCACCGCCGGCCAGCGCCGCGUCCCGCCGCCCACCAUGGGCGACGAGAGCCGCGGGGACGGCCGCGCCGAGAGCGCCAAGGACCUGGAGAAGCAGCUCCGCCUGCGCGUGUGCGUGCUCAGCGAGCUCCAGAAGACCGAGCGCGACUAUGUGGGCACGCUGGAGUUCCUGGUGUCGGCAUUCUUACACCGAAUGAACCAGUGUGCAGCCUCAAAAGUUGACAAAAAUGUAACAGAGGAAACAGUGAAGAUGUUGUUCUCAAACAUCGAGGAUAUCCUUGUAGUACAUCAAGAAUUCUUAAAAGUUGUGGAAGAAUGCUUACAUCCUGAGCCCAGUGCUCAGCAUGACGUGGGAACCUGCUUUCUUCACUUUAAAGACAAGUUUCGUAUCUAUGAUGAAUAUUGUAGUAACCAUGAGAAGGCACAAAAAUUGCUUCUUGAACUUAACAAAAUAAGAACAGUCCGGACUUUUCUUUUGAACUGCAUGCUGCUUGGAGGACGGAAGAAUACAGACGUUCCUUUGGAAGGAUAUUUAGUAACUCCAAUACAAAGAAUAUGCAAGUACCCUCUCAUUUUGAAGGAGUUGCUGAAGCGGACUCCACGGAAACACAGUGACUACGCAGCAGUGAUGGAAGCCCUCCAAGCCAUGAAAGCUGUCUGUUCCAACAUAAAUGAGGCCAAGAGACAGAUGGAGAAGUUAGAAGUUUUAGAGGAAUGGCAGUCACACAUUGAAGGCUGGGAGGGGUCCAACGUCACCGACACCUGCACCGAGAUGCUCAUGUGUGGAGUCUUACUGAAAAUUUCUUCCGGAAAUAUUCAAGAACGGGUGUUUUUUCUUUUCGAUAAUCUCUUGGUGUACUGCAAGAGGAAACACAGACGGCUGAAGAACAGCAAGGCAUCUACAGACGGACAUCGGUACCUUUUUCGUGGCCGGAUCAACACAGAGGUGAUGGAAGUGGAGAAUGUGGACGAUGGCACAGCCGAUUUCCAUAGCAGCGGACACAUUGUUGUUAAUGGAUGGAAAAUACACAAUACAGCAAAAAAUAAAUGGUUUGUUUGUAUGGCAAAAACACCCGAAGAGAAGCAUGAAUGGUUUGAAGCUAUUUUGAAAGAAAGAGAGCGGCGGAAAGGCUUAAAAUUAGGAAUGGAGCAAGACACCUGGGUAAUGAUCUCUGAACAAGGUGAAAAACUUUAUAAAAUGAUGUGCAAGCAAGGAAAUCUGAUCAAAGACAGAAAAAGAAAACUGACAACGUUCCCUAAAUGCUUCCUUGGCAGUGAAUUUGUGUCAUGGCUGUUGGAAAUUGGAGAGAUUCACAGGCCUGAGGAAGGUGUUCACUUGGGACAAGCAUUAUUAGAAAAUGGGAUCAUUCACCAUGUUACUGACAAACAUCAGUUCAAACCAGAACAGAUGUUAUAUAGAUUUCGCUAUGAUGAUGGGACAUUUUACCCAAGAAAUGAGAUGCAGGAUGUAAUUUCAAAGGGUGUAAGAUUAUACUGUCGUCUUCAUAGUCUGUUUACUCCAGUGAUAAGAGAUAAAGAUUACCAUUUAAGGACCUACAAAUCGGUGGUUAUGGCCAACAAACUAAUAGACUGGCUAAUUGCACAGGGGGAUUGCCGUACCAGAGAAGAGGCAAUGAUAUUUGGAGUUGGACUCUGUGACAACGGAUUUAUGCACCAUGUCCUUGAAAAAAGUGAAUUCAAAGAUGAACCUCUACUUUUCCGGUUUUUUUCGGAUGAGGAAAUGGAAGGAUCAAAUAUGAAACACCGACUCAUGAAACAUGAUUUAAAAGUUGUAGAAAAUCUUAUAGCUAAAUCAUUAUUGAUUAAAUCUAAUGAAGGCAGCUACGGCUUUGGGCUAGAAGACAGAAACAAAGUUCCAAUAAUAAAAUUGGUAGAAAAAGGGUCUAAUGCUGAGAUGGCUGGCAUGGAAGUUGGGAAAAAGAUUUUUGCUAUUAAUGGCGAUCUAGUUUUUAUGAGACCUUUUAAUGAAGUGGAUUGCUUCCUGAAAUCGUGCUUGAACAGCAGAAAGCCUCUAAGAGUCCUUGUGAGCACAAAGCCCCGGGAGACAGUGAAAAUCCCAGAUUCAGCUGAUGGACUUGGAUUCCAGAUCCGAGGAUUUGGCCCAUCCGUGGUGCAUGCUGUUGGGAGAGGAACUGUGGCCGCAGCAGCUGGCCUUCACCCUGGACAGUGCAUCAUCAAAGUAAAUGGAAUCAAUGUCAGCAAAGAGACACACGCCAGUGUCAUCGCUCAUGUCACAGCCUGCAGGAAGUACAGGCGGCCCAUGAAGCAAGACUCCAUACAAUGGGUUUAUAAUAGCAUUGAGAGUGCACAAGAGGACCUUCAAAAAUCUAACUCUAAGCCCUCUGGAGAUGAAGCAGGGGAUGCUUUUGACUGCAAGGUAGAAGAGGUCAUCGACAAGUUCAACACCAUGGCGAUCAUUGACGGGAGGAAGGAGCACGUGAGUCUGACGGUGGACAACGUCCACCUGGAGUACGGUGUUGUGUACGAGUACGACAGCACAGCCGGCAUAAAGUGCAAUGUGGUGGAGAAGAUGAUCGAGCCCAAAGGUUUCUUCAGCUUAACUGCCAAGAUCCUGGAAGCACUGGCUAAAAGUGAUGACCACUUUGUACAAAACUGCACCAGCCUUAAUUCUCUAAAUGACGUGAUUCCUGCUGAUCUUCAGAGCAAAUUCAGUGCCAUGUGCAGUGAAAGAAUAGAUCACAUACGGCAGAGAAUAUCCAGUUACAAAAAGUUUUCUCGUGUACUGAAGAAUAGAGCCUGGCCCACUUUUAAACAGGCCAAAUCUAAAAUCUCCCCACUACACAGCAGUGACUUCUGCCCCACCAACUGCCACGUCAAUGUGAUGGAAGUUUCCUAUCCCAAAACAUCAACCUCCCUGGGGAGCGCAUUUGGUGUUCAGUUGGAUAGUAGGAAGCAUAAUUCUCAUGAUAAAGAAAAUAAAUCUUCUGAGCAAGGGAAGCUGAGCCCCAUGGUGUAUGUUCAGCACACCAUCACAACCAUGGCAGCCCCUUCCGGCCUCUCUCUGGGACAGCAGGAUGGUCACGGACUCAGGUACCUGUUAAAAGAAGAAGACUUAGAAACCCAAGACAUCUAUCAGAAAUUGCUGGGCAAACUUCAGACUGCCAUGAAGGAGGUGGAGAUGUGUGUUUGUCAAAUAGACGACCUUCUGUCUUCGAUAACAUAUUCUCCUAAAUUAGAACGAAAGACAUCCGAGUGUAUAAUACCAACAGACAGCGACAACGAGAGGGGAGAGAGAAACAGCAAACGAGUCUGUUUUAACGUCACAGGAGACGAACAGGAAGAUUCAGGUCAUGACACCAUCAGCAACAGAGACUCUUACAGCGACUGCAACAGCAACAGAAAUUCCAUCGCCUCCUUCACCAGCAUCUGCAGCAGCCAGUGCAGCUCGUAUUUUCACAGCGACGAGAUGGACUCAGGCGAUGAACUGCCUCUAAGUGUUCGCAUUUCUCAUGAUAAACAGGACAAGAUACAUAGUUGCCUUGAACAUCUUUUCAGCCAGGUGGAUUCAAUCACCAAUCUCUUAAAAGGGCAGGCUGUCGUGAGAGCCUUUGAUCAAACCAAGUACCUCACACCAGGACGAGGAUUACAAGAAUUUCAGCAGGAAAUGGAACCAAAGCUGAGUUGUCCAAAAAGGUUAAGGCUUCACAUCAAGCAAGAUCCUUGGAAUCUUCCCAGCAGCGUCCGGACUCUUGCUCAGAACAUCAGGAAAUUCGUUGAAGAGGUAAAGUGUAGGAUACUCCUGGCUCUUCUUGAAUAUUCAGACAGUGAGACACAGCUGCGGAGAGACAUGGUUUUCUGCCAGAGUCUCGUGGCCUCCGUCUGUGCCUUCUCGGAGCAGCUCAUGGCCGCCUUAAACCAGAUGUUUGACAACAGCAAGGAAAAUGAGAUGGAAACCUCAGAAGCCAGCAGAAGGUGGCUGGAGCAGAUCACGAAUGCCGGCGUCCUUUUUCACUUUCAGUCACUGCUGUCACCAAACUUGGUAAGGAAUCAUCUGACUCCCACUGCCUGUGUCAACUGUCACCUACCGCGUAACUUGUUCCCAAAUAAGAAGUGGUUAUUCAUUCCGACUUCAUUAUGCCGUUAUUACUCUAUCUCCAGGCAUUUAGCUACUUUAAAAAAUCUAUUUUUCCACAAUUGUUCAAGCUUUAAUCAGUCUGUAUAAUGUAUUCUUUCUUUCCUGAUGUUUAUCUCUGCUCUGUGGCUGCUAACAGCUGAGAAAGCCCCCGUCUGUUACUAACUCUUGUAUCCCCAAGCAAGGACUGGGAAAGGUCAUCGGAAGAAGAAAGGGUCUU